GUCGGUUGAAAGUUGAGAGUUGAAAGGGAUGGUAUAGUGUUGUCUUUGUGCUUGAGAGAGAGAUAGAGAGAGAGCUGCACACCAUUCAUCGUCUCUCUUCCCUUCUCCCCGACUCCUUUUUAAACUCUCCCCCUGGGUUUUUACCCACCCGAUCCUCUCCCCUUCUACCCUCAAGACCCUACCCUCCCCCUGGACACGGAACAAAUUCCAUUCCUGUGACCAAAGACGCCAGUUCUCCACUCUCCAGAACCUCCCUCACCAGCUGAAGCUGCUCCAUCAUGGACUCUGAUGUGAUUGAAGGCGGACUCAAUGUCACCCUCACUAUCAGACUGCUGAUGCACGGCAAGGAAGUUGGAAGCAUCAUUGGCAAGAAAGGAGAAUCUGUGAAGAAGAUGCGAGAAGAGAGUGGUGCUCGCAUUAACAUCUCUGAAGGGAAUUGCCCAGAGAGGAUUAUCACCCUCGCUGGACCCACCACUUCCAUCUUCAAAGCCUUCUCAAUGAUCAUCGAAAAGCUGGAGGAGGACAUCAGCAGCGCCAUGACCAACAGCACGGCCACCAGCAGGCCUCCAGUGACCCUGCGCAUCGUGGUCCCGGCCAGUCAGUGUGGCUCGCUCAUUGGGAAGGGCGGGUGCAAGAUCAAGGAGAUACGAGAGUCGACUGGUGCGCAGGUGCAGGUGGCAGGGGACAUGCUUCCCAAUUCGACCGAGCGCGCCAUCACCAUCGCUGGCACCUCGCAGUCCAUCAUCGAGUGUGUCAAGCAGGUCUGCGUGGUCAUGCUGGAGGUGAGUUCUCCUCCUAAGGGGGUCACCAUCCCGUACAGACCCAAGCCGUCCGGAUCGCCGGUCAUCUUCGCUGGUGGACAGGCUUAUACCGUUCAAGGACAGCACGCCAUUCCUCAGCCAGAUCUGACGAAGCUGCACCAGCUCGCCAUGCAGCAGAGCCCCUUCCCUCUGGCUCCCAGCAGCACCGGCUUCACAACAGGGAUGGAUGCCUCUGCCCAAGCCAGCUCUCACGAGCUCACCAUUCCAAACGACCUGAUCGGCUGCAUCAUCGGCCGCCAAGGCGCCAAAAUCAACGAGAUCCGGCAGAUGUCUGGGGCACAGAUCAAAAUAGCCAACCCGGUGGAGGGCUCCUCCGACAGGCAGGUCACCAUCACUGGCUCCCCGGCCAGCAUCAGCCUAGCAGAGUAUCUCAUCAACGCCAGGCUUUCAUCUGAAGCAUCUGGAUUGGGAACCAACUAACUCCACACACUUCAGCACGCGCCUGUCUGUCUGCGUUUCCGUCAGUGUAGAUAACACCACAGUCUGCUGUCCAGAGUUUUAAUUAUUGUUAUAAUUUUUUUAAUUAGGCUCACGCCCACAUUUUUGGUUACUUUUUUUUUUUUUUUGUCUAUCCCCAUAACUUUUCAACUUUUUAAUUACCCUGCAUCUGUUAAGUAGUUUUAAUGUCUUUUUUUUUUCAAAAAAAAAAAAACCUCUUCCCCCAAUUUAUUUUGUUCAUAUUGUUUGUUACACCAUAAAAUAAUUGUAGAAAUGAAAAAUCUGAGUAGUGUAAAAAAAAAAAUUAAAGUUAUGUAAUAUCAGAUUUUUCUAAAAAAAAAAAAAUACAAAAAAUAAUUAAAAAAAAUAAAUAAAAGGAAUUAAUAGUUGGACAGAAUUUGAUGUGGUUUUUUUUGUGCUUUUCUGUUAGUUUGUUUUACUGUCCCAGUUCUUGCAGUGGUGAGCAUUGUAAAAAAAAAAUAAAGACUACCAUGUUUA